UGAACGUCCCCGUGUUGGUCUCUAACCUGUAUAUGUGUGUGUGUUUCAGGCAGUUUGUGAACGUCCCCGUGUUGGUCUCUAACCUGUAUAUGUGUGUGUUUCAGGCAGUUUGUGAACGUCCCCGUGUUGGUCUCUAACCUGUAUAUGUGUGUGUGUUUCAGGCAGUUUGUGAACGUGCCCGUGUUGGUCUCUAACCUGUAUGUGUGUGUGUGUUUCAGGCAGUUUGUGAACGUGCCCGUGGCGGUCACUAACCUGUAUGUGUGUGUGUGUGUUUCAGGCAGUUUGUGAACGUGCCCGUGGCGGUCACUAACCUGGGGCUGCUGGAGCAACUGGCCUACUGGAAGGUUUCGGCUCCGUGCUCGGCGGCCGGUUAUCACCUCACCAUGAAGAAACACAGCUCCAGGUUCUUCUCGGCCAAUGGGCUGCUGAGGGAGGUCAACGACAUCAACACCAUGAACGACUCUCUGCAGACAGAGCUGCAGACAGCCUGCAGGGAGCUGGAGGAGAGUGAGCGUCUGGUGGAGACCCUGCAGGCCGAGGCCUCAGCUCUCAGGACCAGACUCAGAGAGAAGCAGCGCGGAGCAGCCGCAGACCCUGACCCCCCCCAGCAGCAGCAGCAGCAGAAGAAGAACGAGCGUCUCCACGACGCCGUCAGCGUCCUAUUGGCCGUCUCUCCUCUGUUCCACUCGCAGACUUUAACCCUCGAUGCGUUUCCUGUUCCUGUUUCCUGCUGCCGCGUCUCCACGGAAACGGCGGCGCCGCCUGGCAGGAAGAGGCCGAGAGGAACGCCGGAGGGGAGAGACGGGAAACGCAGGAAGAGCAACUCCUGACGGAAAUACUGACCAAUCAGAGGCCAGAGGCUAGUUCACCAGAGCCACUGACCAAUCAGAGGCCAGAGGCUAGUUCACCAGAGCCACUGACCAAUCAGAGGACAGAGGCUAGUUCACCAGAGCCACUGACCAAUCAGAGGACAGAGGCUAGUUCACCGCUGGCCAUGGCGCCUUGUGUUAGAUGGGUUUUUCCCUUUCUUUUACUUUUACACACACACAGAUACACACACACACACACACACACACACACAGAGACACACACACACAGAGACACACACACACACAGAGACAAACACACACACAGACA